AUGAACGCUUUCGUAACGGUGGGAACGACCAAGUUCGACGCGCUGAUCGCAGCGCUGGACACGGAUGCAUGUCUGUCGUCGCUCGUGGCGCGCGGUUUCACUUCUCUGCGGAUGCAGAUCGGGCACGGCGAGCACCAGCCACGCGCAACGUUCCCGGGGUUGACGCUAAGCUUCUAUCGCCAUGACCCGCAGUACAAGCGCGACGUGGCCGAGGCCGACCUGAUUAUCAGCCACGCGGGCGCUGGCUCCAUCAUGGACGGUCUGGCGCUCAAGAAGAAGCUGUUGGUUGUAGUCAACACAUCAUUAAUGGACAACCAUCAGGCGGAGUUAGCCGAGGCCAUGGCCGACCAAAACUACUGUCUCCAGACAACAGUGCAGGGACUGCAGAGCAUGCUUGAGGCCGGCGACUGGGACAACCUGCAACCGUAUCCUCCAUUGGACGAGCAAGCCUUCCCCGACGUGGUAGACGCACUAGUGGGCGUGACCGAAGCAUCCAAGGAAAAGUAG